UAGCUUGCAGGCAACCCCAAACCCUAACCAUUCUUGACGAUGGACGAUAUCAAUUAUUCAUCAUCAUCCGCAUCCUCUAUAUGGCCCGAAGUGUUCUUGAGCUUUAAAGGAGCGGAUACGUGCAGGGAUUUCGCGGAUGCCCUCUACACCGGCUUGACCAACGCGGGGAUAAGCGUGUAUCGAGACAAAAGGAAGGCGGGGGCAGAAAAGGAUAUUAACCCCACGCUGGUCGAAAAGAUUGGACAGUCGAAGAUAUCGAUACCGAUCAUCUCGCCAGGGUACACUUCCACCAAGAGCUGCCUCAUGGUGCUGGCCAAGAUGUUGGAGUGCAGGGACACCAUGAACCAUGCCAUUAUUCCCAUUUUCUAUGCCGUCAAGCCCUCUGGCAAUGGCUCCUCCGCAGAUAACAAAAGACGAAGGAUCGAUCCCAUGCUUGCCGACCCCUGGAAGUCCGCCCUCCAUUGUAUUGAACAGUUGGAGGGAUAUCGUCUUGACCAGCAGACCGACGUGAAUGGCAAGCUUAUAUCCGAGAUCGUCUUGUAUGUCACUCGGCAGCUGAAGAAAGCUGAACUAGUUGGUACUUCCAUGCCAGUUGGAAUUGAGAAUCAAGUCCGUGAGAUGAUGGUGAAGCUUGACGUCGACUAUCGCAACGGACAAGCGGUUAAUGUACGUGGCAAUGAGGUCCGAAUGGUCGUAAUACAUGGCUUCGAGGGGAUUGGGAAAACGACUCUUGCGAAGUUUGUUUACAACCAACUAUAUCCUCUGUUUGAAGGCUGUAGCUAUCUGGGAAACAUCCGAGAGAUAUCAAAAACCGACCCCCUGGAGCAUCUGCAAAGCCGAAUGGUUUCUGACCUGCUAAAACAAGAGCACAUCAGCUUUGGUUCCCUAGAAGAAGGUAUUUACCACAUUGAACAAAUGUUUCUCGAUAAGAGAGUUCUCAUCGUGCUCGAUGAUGUCAAUAAACAGGAUCAUCUCGAAGCAUUUGCCGGGAACCUAAGCUGGUUUGGUCCAAGAAGCAGGAUAAUUGUAACGACCAGAAACGCCGAUCUUCUUAAUAUCCCUAAAGAAGUUGUGAUUUAUGAAGUUGUGCGUAUGGAUUUUAAACAAUCCCUUCGUCUUUUCUGUCUACAUGCUUUUGGGGGAAGUUCUCUGUAA